ACCAGUUGAUUUCUUCUCCUGGUAAUCAGGAUUGCCUUCCCAUCGGGAGGACCAUGUUGAUCUGGCUCAUGAUUAGUUGACUUUGUUUAGAAAAGCUGUUGGAAAUGGCCAAUCCCUUAACAGAUUACAGUACUGCCUGACUCUAUUCCUCUCUCUCUUACAUCCAGAUAUCACCAUGACCCUGAAUUUUCUAAACACGACCUCAUGGGAGGGCCUGAACUCCAUCUCCAACUCCUCAGGAGUGCACAAAAAUCCUUUGACCCUCCAAAACAUCACUUAUGUUGAUUUCUACCUCCACAAGCCCUCAGUGGCUGCAGUCUUCACUGUGUCCUAUCUGCUUAUCUUCCUGGUGUGCAUGGUGGGCAACGGGGUGGUGUGUUUCAUUGUGCUGCGCAGCAAAAACAUGCGCACAGUCACCAACCUGUUUAUUCUCAACCUCGCCAUCAGUGACCUGCUUGUCGGCAUCUUCUGCAUGCCGACCACACUGGUGGACAACGUCAUAACAGGCUGGCCAUUUGGUCGGGUAGUUUGUAAGCUAAGUGGGAUGGUUCAAGGCAUAUCUGUGUCAGCAUCUGUGUUUACGCUGGUGGCAAUAGCUAUUGAUAGGUUCCGCUGCAUUGUUUACCCUUUCAAGCAGAAGCUGACCAUUGCCACCUCAAAACUAAUAAUUGUCAUCAUUUGGGUCCUGGCUGUGGCUAUAAUGUGUCCUUCAGGCAUCAUGCUCCAGGUCACAAAAGAGCAGAGGGUGCGAAUAGUCCUCGGCAGCAACAACGACACCCGUCCCUUCUACUGGUGUCGCGAAAAUUGGCCCAAUCAGGAAAUGCGGAAAAUCUACACUACUGUCCUCUUUGCUAACAUCUACCUUGCUCCUCUUAGCCUCAUUGUAAUCAUGUACGCUCGCAUUGGUUACACGCUCUUCAAGACCACUAUCUCACCUGUUAGGGGCAGUGGGAGUGAGUCUCUAGAAGGCAGUGGCAAAAACAAGUCAAGCAUGGAAGGUCGUCAGACAAUCACAAGGAAGAAGAAGCGAGUCAUUAUGAUGCUGCUCGUUGUGGCUCUGCUCUUCAUCGUAUCCUGGCUGCCUCUGUGGACCCUGAUGAUGCUGAGCGACUACAUCAGCCUGACACAGCAUCAGUAUCGUGUCAUUAAUAUUUACAUGUAUCCCUUAGCUCAUUGGCUGGCUUUCUCAAACAGCAGCAUCAACCCCAUCAUCUACGGAUUCUUCAAUGAGAACUUCCGCAGAGGCUUCCAGGCAGCAUUCAAAUUCCAGCUGUGCUCUGCUGACAUUCUGCGCCAGAGAACUUACUCCCAUCGGAUCAGAGGAAAUGCUGUGGUCCCCUUACGACCUGUCGCCCCCAGCAGAUCAGGCUCUGGAGUUGGAUCGGGGUUAGUGGAAAAUAAGAAGAGCUCAAGUCAGGAGGAAGAGUGCUUGUCUGGUAAAAAUGACAUCAAAGAACAAGACGUGAUCACGGAGGACCUGAAAAGGGUGUCCAAGAUUUAGGCAGACUUUGACAAUAUGCAGUGACUGCCCCGUUUCACAAACAAAGAGGUUUCUUUAACUUGUUCUAGAUGAAUUUAGACUACUUUAAUUCCUUGUAAAUCUAGAUAUGUCUUAUGGUGUUAUGGUGUCUAUGGUGUUAUGGUGUAUAUGGCAAAGUAUGAUAUAAGCAGAGACUUUAAAAUGACUCAAGACUUGGAAACGUCUCUACAACAUCUCAAGAGCACCUAUGAUUCCUGCUUCCUGCUCAUUAUUUUUGUUCUUGGACAACUGCAGUAGAGAGUCCAUCCAUCUAUCCAUCCAUAGUCUGGGAUGCAGGGGUAGCAGUCUAAGCAGAGAUACUCAAAUGUUCAUUUCCUCAGCCACCUCCUGGGCUGGGGCACUGAGGCUUUCUCAAGUCAGCUGAGAGACAUAUUCUGUCCACUGGGUUCUGGGUCUACCAUGGGGGCUUCUCCCAGUUGGACAGUUGUCCAGGAGGCAUCCUAGUCAGCUGCCAUGACCACCUCAGCUGACUAUUUCCAAUGUGGAGGAGUACCAGCUCUACUCUGAGUCCCUCCCAAAUGACCAAGGUCCUCAACAUGUCUCUAAAGGAGAGCUCAGCAUUUUGUCUGGGAAAGCUAAAAACUGCGACUUGAAAGCUAAUAUCUGCUUCAAUCUCAUUAUUUUGGUUAUUGGCCAUAGAUGAGGGUGGGAGAGCAUGAAUCAUCCUUAGAAUAGAGAGUAUUAAUCCUUAUUUAUCCUUUACUUGGCCUUGGUUUGGCCUCUUUGUUCAUGUACAAAGAUAGAAUGAAGUUAAAUGGCGAGAGAAUAAUCUUUUUUAUCUCCUUAAACCAGCUUUUUUCUAAGUGGCUGCCACUUGAAAACAAAAGAGUUGAAAAACGGAUAAGUGAGGCUUAUUAUAAUUAUAUUAAAGAACAUCUUUGUGACAUUAAAAAGAUUCAAGAGUUUAAAAGAAAGUAACUGCAGCUGAGUGUUUAGAGGUAUAUGAGACCCAAGCCUUUGGUUCUCAGGGAUUCCUUUAUACAUAUGCAGAAAUCAUUAUUUCAAACCUUGCUUGAAAUGAGAAUCUAAGAUUGUAAUAGAUCCCCCAUAUUAUUCAUGAAUUGAAAAAAAAGACUGAAAAAAUCUUAAUUGGUCUCCAUAAUUAAUGCUGCUAUCCUUACAAUUGCCAUGGUUACAGCAGGCACUGUAG